GAGAGCCACCCAGGCAUCCCCGCCCAACAGACCAGUCCUCCCCGACGCCCGGCCCCGGCCCUGGAUAUGCUCAUAGGCAGUGGUGCAGCCCGUAAUCGGCAGUCGAUUCCUGAGCACCGUUGAGACAAGUCGUGGAUUCUAACCGUCCAAGCAGGAUGAUCCGUGCACUUCUGUUGCUAGCUGUGCUGGCGGCCGUUGCAAUGGCCCAAAGGCAGCUCAUCAGGCCAGACCCACAGGCCUGCAAGAACCGUAUCAAGCAUGCAGCAACCUUCAGGAACGGGCACUACUACUUCUUCUCCUGGGGUCAUGGACCUACCAAGGAACACGAAAGGGACUGGCUUGAUGCAAGAAACAUCUGCAGGAAACAUUGCCAAGAUUUAGUCAGCUUGGAAACCCAGGACGAGGCCCAGUUCGUCUACCAGGCCAUCCAGCAGAACAACGUCAAGUACAUCUGGACCUCUGGUCGCAAAUGCAACUUCGACGGCUGCGACAGGCCUGAUCUCCAGCCAGCCCUCGUUAACGGAUGGUUCUGGUCUGGUUCCUCCGACCGUAUUCCCCCAACCAACUCCUCCUUCGGCUGGAGGGGUGACUGGUCUCGCACCGGAGGCGGCGGCAGACCCCAGCCCGACAACCGCGAGUUCGGAGAGACCGGCACUGAUGAAUCUUGCAUCGCCAUCCUCAACAACUUCUACCAGGACGGCGUCGUGUGGCACGACGUUGCCUGCCACCACGUCAAGCCCUGGGUAUGCGAGGACUCCGACGAGCUCCUCAGGUUUGCCCGUUUCACAUACCCAGAAGCUCAAAUCCCCUGAGCUGAUUUGGCCGCCGUAUCUAGGGUAUGAUUCCCAUCACCUACUCACCACCACCUCCCUAAACUUCUUCUUAUUCGUUCUUUUCAAAACAGGAGGCCAGUUCUCAGAAACUUACAGCUACUAAUUUUUUUUCUACAAAUUAAAUCCAAGCUGAUGUGUUAAGGAUAGCGGAUGAGUUAUUUUAACUUUUUCAUAUUUCAGUCAAUCAAUAAAGAUUGAGAUAAAAUCUAAUA